AAUCCCUUAUAUCCCUUGAUUGGCUGAUUCAAUGGUUAAUCUUUUAUAUAUUGGUCAAUAUCCUUAUAUGUAGAUGGAAUCACUCUGAAACAUCUAUUUGGAUCUAUCAUCCCGUGUUUCUACCAUGCCGUAAAUGACAAUGGCGAGGAGCGACGCUCCGGUGAUGCCCGUAACAGCAGUCAGCAUUUUCCACAUGCCGGCUGACCUCUCAUGUCGCUCGAUGUAGCUCUUGUAGCCAGUGGGUAUUAGGAGGUACUCGCGGCCGUCUUUUGGCGCCCGGACCCUGCCGUGGCCCCCCUCCAUGACCACCUCCCCGAAUACAGUCAGGCUGCUACCCACCCGCAACAUCUCCUCGCUCUCCUCCAUAGCAACAGGGCGCUCGCCGCUGAUGCCCUGCAACACCACGUUCACCAAGCCCUCCUCGGCACGUCUCACUCGGUGGUAAACCCUCUCCAGGAAAUACCCCGAACCCUCCGAUGGUUCUUGUACCUUCACCUCGAAGUCAGUGAUGUAGGAGCCAGGGCAUACAAGAGAGAAGGGUACAGAGUUGUUGGUUUCUUUCCUGUUCAUCCGCCGAGAGCUCCUGGAGUAAGGGAGUUCCAGUAUUCACCAUGCUCCUGGACUACUAUCUUCUGAAGAACACCAAAGCAUCUCGGGACAAACUGGCUGCUCAGAGGCUUCUCAUCUGCCUGGACUAGGCCUUGAAACAUAGUAAUGUACCUUCUACUGCAACAUACUGGAGCCUCCUGUGGGGAGAUGAUUUCAGCACCGUGCACAAAUGUUCGUCUGGUCUGAACACCGGUAUCUCCUAGACGUCCAUCACCAUUAGGACAGCAAACAGCAUCAAACUGGACCUGGAAGACUUGCUGUGAUAAAUGGAACCAUGAAUUCCGAUAAAGGAGAAUGUCCGGCCAUCUGUUGGUGACCUAGUCAAAGUCUUGACCUGAAUCCUAUAACCUUAAAAAGCUUUUAUCUUAUCUACGUAUGAGCCGCAACCAACGUGGGAACCAAAGCUGAUGCUGCUGCUGUCAAAAAACAAUUGGAAUCACGGCAGCUCACGCACGCCCCCCUCGCUCCUUCAGGACGCAGUGUCGUCAGCGCAGAACCAGAUGUGUGACAUGAUGAAGGAGAUCGCCAAGGAGAGAGAGCUGUGCGAGGGGGAAAUCGAGAACAAGACGUCAGGUUGCAGCGGGAUGUGGGACAAGAUCACCUGCUGGCCGAAUGCUGACGUUGGCGACGUGGUCACCAUCCCGUGCCCCAAAUAUCUUCUCUACUUCUCCAUGGAGCUUCCCACACGCAAACGUAACCUGUCAAAGACUUGCACUGAGGAUGGCUGGACCCCCAUCAGCAUCGACUCCUACAUAAUAGACUGCGGCUACAACCCCAACAACACCAUGGAUGAUCAUACGGGAGACUUCCUGGACGCCAUCAAAGUGGGCUACACCAUCGGUCACAGCGUGUCGCUCAUUUCUCUCACGGCGGCCAUCGUCAUCCUGUGCCUCUUUCGGAAGCUGCACUGCACCAGAAACUACAUCCACAUGCAUCUCUUCGUGUCGUUCAUACUGAAAGGCAUCGCCGUUUUCAUCAAGGAUGUGGUUCUGUACGGCGUGGAUGAGGCCGACAGUUGUCAAUCAUCUGUGGGCUGCAAAGCAGGGGUGGUCUUCUUCCAUUAUGGCGUCAUGGCAUGUUUCUUCUGGCUGCUGGUGGAAGGCCUGUACCUCCACGCUCUCUUGGCUGUCUCCUUCUUCUCCGAGAGGAAGUACUUCUGGUGGUACAUCCUGAUUGGCUGGGGUGCCCCAGCCAUCUUUAUGUCAGCGUGGGUGAUUACAAAGGUUUGUUUAAAUGAUCUCAGUUGCUGGGAUAUUAUUGAUGACAAACCCUGGUGGAUCAUCAAAACGCCCGUUUUAGUAACCAUAUUUGUCAAUUUCAUUCUCUUCAUGUGUAUAAUCCGCAUUUUACGGCAGAAGAUGAACUGCCCCGACAUCGGGAGGAAGGAAUCGAAUCAGUACUCGAGAUUGGCUAAAUCCACGCUGCUCUUGAUACCUCUCUUCGGGAUAAAUUAUCUCCUUUUUGCCUUCAUUCCCGACCACAUUCAACCGCAGCUGAGGAUGGUGUUUGAUCUGAUCCUGGGGUCAUUUCAGGGUUUUGUUGUCGCCGUCUUGUACUGUUUCCUUAACGGCGAGGUACAAGCGGAGAUGAAGCGUAAGUGGCGUAGAUGGAUGUUGCAGCGCUUCCUGGGCGCGGACACAAAGUACCAGCCGCCCUCCAUCGGCAGCAACGGUAACAACUUCAGCACACAAAUCACCAUGUUGACCAAAUGCAGCCCCACGGCGCGGCGAGCAUCCGCUUGCCGGGAACACUUUUCGGCCAUUUGACGUGAAUGAGUGACACAUAAGCGGCGUAGUUGAUUUUGCGGUCACUGAAAGGGGGCAACGCGACCUUUUUUUUAGUACAUUGUGAAAGUUCUCAGCUGUUUUACUCACCAACGUGAUGUGCUCGUCAGGAUCCGCCCUCACUUUUGUGAGGAAAUCAAGCUUCUCGAUGUUCCUUGUGACAUUACAGUAUAUUGAUAAUAACCAAUAGCUGGAUUGGAAGCCAGUGCGAUUUUUAAAAAAGCAGGAUGUUUACUUCAAGACCCACCUGUGCUAAGCCGUGCAUGCACUCAACCUAAUGGCCCCAUGUUGGCUAAGUUGCGUUAACAACAGAAGAAGAACCCUAUAAGACUCCUAAUGUACCAGACCUUAUCUCUUAUCCCUCCGCCCCCUUUGCCAUUUUUAUGUGAACCCUUCGCUCUACUGAAUUAUUGCUGGAUGACAUUCCACAGUCGAGACUAAUGAAGAUUGUGCAGCUCAGAUUACCGUGGCUUUUAGUUUGGUGCAUAUAACCGACUUGCAGAUGUUCCCGGUCCCAGAAAAGACAUCACGGAACAUAGCGUUGUAAAUUGUAAAAUGUUUUCAAAUACUCUCACGUCGCACCAUCGGUAGUUACUGAACUUUGUCGGCGCUGUUUUUAAACUUGCACGUAUUUUGUCGAAGCAUUGUCACACAAAAUUGUGUACUUUGAGGACUGUUGAUGCAAAAAUUACACACUUGCCACGCAAUCACCACACUCCCGCGCAACUUAUUUACACCUUGUUGGGUACUGUUGAGUAUUUUUUAAAAUGUAUUUUUAUUUUUUUUAUUUUUAUUUUUAUUUUUAUUUUUAUUUUUAUUUUUAUUUUUAUUUUUAUUUUUAUUUUUAUUUUUAUUUUUAUUUUUUUAAUUUUUUUUAAUUUUUAUUUUUAAUGGUUGUUUGUCUAUAUGUGCCCUGUGAUUGGCUGGCGACCAGUCCAGGGUGUACCCCGCCUCUCGCCUGAAGACAGCUGGGAUAGGCUCCAGCACCCCCGCGGCCCUCGUGAGGAAAAAGCGGGAGAGAAUGAAUUUUUAUUUUUAUUUUUAUUUUUAUUUUUAUUUUUAUUUUUAUUUUUAUUUUUAUUUUUAUUUUUAUUUUUAUUUUUAUUUUUAUUUUUAUUUUUAUUUUUAUUUUUAUUUUUAUUUUUAUUUUUAUUUUUAUUUUUAUUUUUAUACAAACAAAAUAAGUGGCUGUGUGAAGUUAUUUUUUAAACAGAUUUUCUCCCCGCUCAUCGCCUUGCCCUCCCAACUACAAUCCUUGCAAUCCCUGCAAUUGUCAUCGUACGCUCAUGACACAAUUCAGGCGUAAGUCAAAAUUUUUAUUUUUAUUUUUAUUUUUAUUUUUAUUUUUAUUUUUAUUUUUAUUUUUAUUUUUAUUUUUAUUUUUAUUUUUAUUUUUAUUUUUAUUUUUAUUUUUAUUUUUAUUUUUAUUUUUAUUUUUAUUUUUAUUUUUAGAAUGAGCUGGAAAAAAUAUAUUAAAAUAUUUUUGUAUAAUAAUGAUAAUUUUAUAUUUUAAAUUUACACCUUGUUGAGUACUGUUUACGUCUAGCGCACAACAAUAAUAUGAGUGACACGCACUGUUCCCGCAUGGUGAUCACCACUUCCUGUAUCCUUGAAGCAGUUGCGAACAUAAGUUGUGAAUCAGAAAUUUGGAACAUUUUACUUUCUGUUCUUUACGCACAGACACAAAAACCCGCACACUUAGACAUUAGACCUGUUAACCACCCACUGAAUCACAAAAUUGCGCACCACUGUGGAGACAAAGUGCUUGCAAGUGUAAACAAGGCUAUCGGAAACCCUCAGUUUAGACAUUUUUAUGUCUUCUGCUUGUUCUUUUGUGAAGCAAAGAUUUAAAUCUUCUUUGUCGGUCCUUGAAUGCACCAUUGUUGUGUCCAUUUCGUACUUGAAAUGCAUUUUGAGGCGUAUUAUGGGCUUAAACAAGUGAAUCUAAUCAAGUUAUUCUGAUUGGAAAUGUUGAUACAAAAUCAUAAAGAAUUGUCACAUCAAGCUGAUUUUUAUGCUCCCAACUAUCUGUGGAAAAAUCUAUAUUGUCAAGUAUUAUGGCCGGUUCAUUGAAUGCAGCAUCACGAUGAAGCUUCUGCAGCUGCUACUAUGCCAUUAGCUUGCUUGAGAGGUUCAACUCCCUGGAAAAUACCUCAGACAAAAUGUCACACGCACCAAUUGUACACAUAUGAAAUUGUAAAGAUGAGUUUAUGGCAUGUUUUUAUGGUGAUGACUUAUCGUGCUCAGGUGUCAACUGGAUAUGGAUGUUUACAUUUAAGACUACAUGUUGUUUGCAUCAUGUUAAUAAUAUGUGUAUAUUUGUAUGUAAAUGUGCUGUGCUGUACAGUAUAUGGAAUGAGCUUUUAAGAUGUUAUUACAUCAUUUCCGUGGAAGAUGAAUAAAAAAACA